AUGCCACAGCAGUGGACACUUCCUGAUACCUCCAACAGGCCAUUGGCUGUCCUCGGAGCCGGUGUACUCGGUCGUCGAAUUGCUGCAUCAUGGCUUGCCGCAGGGUAUCAUGUCAACCUCCGUGACCCUGCAGAAUCUCAACGAAAUGCAGCAGCAGUCUUCAUCCAGACCAACCUUUCAGAUUUCGAAGAGCUUACCGGAGGUAACCGCAAACCCGGUACGUUGAACGUGUUUUCCGACCUGGGCCCCGCAGUUCAGGAUGCUUGGUUUGUGCUCGAAGCGGUCCCUGAAAAGCUUGAGAUGAAAAUUGAUGUUAUGGGCCAGCUUGACAACUUAGUCAAGCCAGAUUGCAUUAUCGGAUCUAAUUCGUCAUCUUUCAAAUCGAGCAAGAUGCUGGAGAAAGUCAAGCCAGAGAAUCGCGCCAGAAUCUGCAACGUACACUAUCAAAUGCCGCCCAAAGCCAACACCGUUGAGAUCAUGACAGACGGUCAGACGCAUCCGGAUAUCAUACAAUUCAUGUAUGAGCGACUGCUCAACGCAGGAAUGUUGCCAGCGAUUGCUCGUAAAGAGUCAACUGGUCUUAUUCUCAAUCGACUUUGGGCAGCUAUCAAGCGUGAGGUUUUGAUGAUGCUCGCGGAAGGUGUUAGCGAUCCCAAGGAGAUCGACGCUCUUUUUGUUCGCAUGUUUGGAAACAAUUCUUCGGGUCCUUGUGGCAUGAUGGACGCUGUGGGGCUCGAUACCGUUGCCUUCAUUGAGGAUAACUACAUAGAAGAGAGGCAUCUUGACUCAGCUCUGACUGUCGAUUGGCUCCGAAAGAAUUUCGUUGAUCAAGGGAAACUCGGUGCCAAAAGCGGCAAAGGCGGUCUCUAUCCACCCGGUGGCACUACGAAGUCAUCUGCUACAGAGUCUGGCCAUCACGACAAUCUUGCCGCACCGAUGCUCUACUUCUUGGACCUUGGUGUGGGAGCUAAUUUCGAACCUAGUAAAGCGUUCACCGGCGGGAAGAUCAUGACUGCUUCCUCAGAUGGCAGCAACAUGAAAACAUUGAUUGAUGGAGUAACGUCGCCUGAUGGUAUCGAUGUCUCUAUCUCUGCUGGACGCAUUUUCUGGACAUCUAUGGGUAUCCCGAGCAAGCCUGACGGUAGUGUGCUUUCAGCAAAGCUAGAUGGAAGCGAUAUCAAAACAAUCAUUCCUAAAGGGGCUGUCAAUACUGCUAAGCAGCUUGUUAUCGAUCACGACAACUCCACGAUCUACUUCUAUCAAACAAAAUGGUGUGUUGGCAUCACUGUAGACUCCAAGCACGGCAAAAUCUACUGGUCUCAGAAAGGUGCCUCCAAAGCCGGCCAAGGCCGCAUCUUCCGUGCUGGCAUCAACAUCCCUUCGGGCGAAACUCCAAGCAAAAGAUCCGAUGUCGAAUUCCUGUUCGAUCACUUGCCAGAACCUAUUGAUUUAGAAAUUGAUGCCCUAAGCCAGACAUUGUACUGGACUGAUCGUGGAGAGUACCCAUUGGGUAAUACGCUCAGCAAGGCGAUUGUAGGACCUGGCGAAGACAAAAAGGUUAUUACGCUCGCGAGACACUUCCAUGAGGCGAUUGGGAUGAAGAUUGAUUUCGUGAAUCAUCACAUUUAUGUGGCUGAUCUUGGUGGGGCUCUGUAUCGUUUCAAUGAGGACGGUUCGGAUAAGAGGAGGAUCAUUGACUUGGACAAUUGCUUCACUGGCAUUGCGCUUGCCUAUCUUCAUUAAAUGAUCGAUGUGCUGACUACUAGGAUGAGUCGAGGGAAAUCUCAAGUUGAGUUAGCAUAUGAUUUAAUGUAACACAGUCUCGUCC